CGGUUCCGUCUGCACGCGCUCGCGGUGUUAACGACUGGACUGAUCUUCACACAUGAGCUGCGCGGUGCACUUGGAGACUUCCGUCGCUUUCUCUUUUGGCUUUGAUGUGUCCGAGAGUUUCCCCGGAGCUCCGUGACUAAAGGAUUGUAUUCUUUGCUCUUUCUCCGACUGCAGGCGGUCAGCGAGUGUGACGUCAUGCACUGACAGCGCUGCGCGCGAGGCGAUGACGGGACCUGCUGCCGGUUCAAGAUGGACGGAGGAGAUGUCCCACCUGAAACGCUCCUGCAUGUCUACAGGUGGGACCUGUGCUGACCAGGACGUCCCCUCCGUGAUGACCAAGAAGCAGUCAGAAGAGCUGGAUCUGCUGGACUAUGACUUUAUCCUGUCGAACUGCAUGCUUCAGCAGCAGCAGAAAGAGGAGGAGAGAACUCUUGCGUCUCCCUCUGCGUCCUUCUCCUAUCAGAUGCCCUCUCCUCAGGGAGAGGACUCCAGCAUGCUGUACAACAUCCCGGACAUCAGCGAUGUCUCUCCCUCGGGGGGGUUUGUUGCUGAACUGAUGAGGCCUGAGCUGGAUCCUGCGUAUCUUCAGCCCACGAGCCUCCACGGAAAGUUUGUGGUGAAGACCACCAUGGACAUGACUGAUUACAGUAAGAGAGGCUCGGAGCCGUUUGCUUGUCCUGGGAUUAAACAGGAGCAUCCCAGCACCUGCACCGUCGGCCGGCCCAUGGAUCUCCAUCUGGGACUGACCUCACGGCCCGGAGUCGGCCAGAGACCGCUGAUGGAGCCUCACAGCUUCAGUGCGUCCCGAGAGGUCAUGGGUCCCAGCCGCUCGUCCACAUCCUCUGUGUCUCCAGACGAACAUCCUCUGGUCCCGGGAUAUCACCCCUCGCCCGGUUACUCAGGCCUUCCUCAGUCAGUGCAGUACCAAGAGCUGAUCUCUCAAGCCGAAUGUUUGACUGAAGAGUCCAAGCCCAAGCGUGGCCGGCGCUCCUGGCCGAGGAAGAGGACAGCGACACACACCUGUGAUUACGCCGGCUGUGGAAAAACAUACACCAAGAGCUCGCAUCUCAAAGCCCACCACAGGACUCACACAGGAGAGAAGCCGUAUCACUGUGACUGGGAGGGAUGUGGCUGGAAGUUUGCCCGUUCGGACGAGCUCACCAGGCACUACCGGAAGCACACGGGCCAUCGGCCGUUUCAGUGCCAGAAGUGCGACCGAGCCUUCUCCCGGUCCGACCACCUCGCGCUGCACAUGAAACGACAUCUAUAACCAAGACUGGAAGACUCCAAAACAGUGAAGAUCCCAGUGGACUAGUGAACCACGUGUUGCCUUUGAACAAGAGUCAGUGAACUAGAGCGGUGUCCUCCGCAGCAUCAGGAUCGGGACUUCUCCUGUUCUUUAGUUUAUUUUAUUCCCCUUUUUUGUGGUUGUCUUCCAACAUGCUGGCGAUUCCCUGUCCGUUUCUGCACACUGGGACAAUACUGGAACGUGCAUCUACUUACCGACAAAACUUGGAGAUGCCAAGAUGCCAAACACAGGACUGGAAAUAUAUGAAUAUCAGGGAUAAUAAAUGGACACAUUACAACA